CGCAAGUGGAGGGGCCGGAGGGAGGCGGAGGCGCUCGGGUCCAACUGCUGAAGCGUCUCCAUGUGACAGUGAGCGGGGUCUUAACUCCUGGCGCCGCCCCAUUCUGGUUCUUGACCGAAAGCACUGUCCCCUGUCCCGGCGCCAGCAGACAACAACAGUCUAGGACGCUUGCUGUCUGGCCGUGCCGCCGGAGGAAUUGCCUCGGCAGGGUCAGGUGUGUCUGAGGGAUCCUGCGGAGACACCGGAGUCUCCGGAGAGAGGCGGAGCGGGGAUUCCUGUCAGCGCCGGCGUCCCAAAGCGCGGAGACAUGAACGGCUUCACGCCUGAGGAGAUGAGCCGCGGAGGGGACGCGGCCGCCGCAGUGGCAGCAGUGGUCGCCGCCGCCGCGGCUGCCGCAGCUUCAGCCGGGAACGGGGCAGGGGCUGGCGCCGGGGCUGAGGUGCCCGGUGCCGGGGCCGUCUCUGCUGCUGGACCCCCGGGAGCGGCUGGCCCCGGUCCCGGACAGCUGUGCUGUCUGCGGGAGGACGGUGAGCGGUGCGGCCGGGCGGCUGGGAACGCCAGCUUCAGCAAGAGGAUCCAGAAGAGCAUCUCCCAGAAGAAGGUGAAAAUCGAGCUGGAUAAGAGCGCAAGGCAUCUUUACAUUUGUGAUUAUCAUAAAAACUUAAUUCAGAGUGUUCGAAACAGAAGAAAGAGAAAAGGGAGUGAUGAUGAUGGAGGAGAUUCACCUGUUCAAGAUAUUGAUACUCCGGAGGUGGAUUUAUACCAAUUACAAGUAAAUACACUUCGGAGAUACAAAAGACACUUCAAACUAUCAACCAGACCAGGACUUAAUAAAGCACAACUUGUUGAGAUAGUUGGUUGCCACUUUAGGUCUAUUCCAGUGAAUGAAAAGGAUACCUUAACAUAUUUCAUCUACUCAGUGAAGAAUGACAAGAACAAAUCAGAUCUCAAGGUUGAUAGUAGUGUUCACUAAAAAAGAUGGAAUUGAGACUAAGACUUGGAUGUUCCAGUGUUAAGACUGUUUACUCUUUUUUCACAUGUAGAAAUGUUCCUUGUGUAUUUUUUUACAGAGGAUUUUCUCUGGUUUUAUUUUCUUUGUUUCUGAUUCUAAUAAAUUAGUUGGAAACUCGUGUAAAAUGAGCUUUCCUAGAUUGAAAAAUAUUUUAAAUAAAGCUGAUUACUAUUAUA